AUAAAGGAUAUCAAGGAUCCAGAAAAACCUCAGACUUUGGAAGAACUUGAUGUUGUACAGGAAGAAUGUGUAAAAGUAAAAAGCAUGGAGGAACACAAACUUAUCACUAUCACAUUCACACCGACUGUUCAACAUUGCUCUCUUGCAACUCUUAUUGGAUUAUGUCUAAGAGUUAAGCUUGAAAGGACAUUGCCAGAUAAGUUCAAGCUGGAUAUAUACUUAGCCAAGGGAAGCCACUCAACUGAACAAGAAAUUAAUAAACAAAUCAACGACAAAGAAAGAGUAGCGGCCGCCAUGGAAAAUCCAAACCUACGAAAGAUAGUUGAAAACUGCAUCGAAGAUGAGGGAUAAUCAAUAAUGAGGGAUAAUCAAUAAUGAGGGAUAAUCGAAGAUGAUAAGGUUUUUUAAUGUGCGUAUAAAUAUUCGAAAGUUCUUCUUUGAUAUGUCCUUUUUCUUUGACUGUGGUGAAAUGUAGACUUUCAAGACUGCUUUUACGUUUGACGAAAUUAUACACCCUUUUAAUAAGUCCCCAGGUAUUGUCUUCUCCGCACUCUUAAGUCAAAUGUCAAAUGUUUCUUUUGAAAUUUUUACAAUACAAAAGGAAUUCUAAAAGAAUAAAUUUGACGUCAAAUGCGUAGAACACAAUACCUCGGGACUUMUUAAAGUGUGUAUAGAGUGAUCAACUGUACAAACUAAAUAGUGCUAUUUAAUUGUAUUUAGUAAAUCGUGCAUGCGGUAGAGUGAUCGCUCUUAAUCCGUGCAACUGUACAAAGUAAAUARUUCUUUUUAGUUGUAUUUAUAAAUCGUGCAUGCGGUACGCAAAUAAAAUUGAAUGGAAACAAAUGGAGCAUUCAAAGCCGUCUUGGUUCAGGUCCACUUUUAGUACAAAUUAUAGUACUACUUAGAUUUUGUACAGUUGCACGGUUUAAGUGCGAUCACUCUAUCAGUUAAAAYUAUUGGAUGAGGUUUCUCGUGAUAUCCCAAGUUAUCAAAUCAAGGCAAGUGUAAUUCAAUAAUUGUUAUAUUAUAGAUAGUUAUAAAUUGUUUGCAAUUUUGAAAAGAAGACUCUAGCAAAAUAAGUCAUGUAAAAGCUCAAUAGACUUCUGAACCUUUUACGUCAAUACUUGAUUUUCCAUGCAUUGUGAGAUAAGCUGAAGAAAACAAAACUCCGCCAUGUUUUUCCCCAGAAAUAUCCUACAAUGCAUUGGGURUACGGGGCAUGACGUAAAMGCUUCAGAGGUCUAUGUUAAUGCACGUUGACGCUUGCGAUUUUUGCAGCGCGAURAUCGCCUCUUUACUAUGGCGCAACUAAAAUCGUACGGGUAAACAGCCCAGCGAUUGUUGCAAAGUAGCAAAGAGCGUAUUUUUUUUAGCGGCCAGCUAUGCAGAGCGUGCGCAGAUUAAAUUUACCUUSACAGUAAUCGAGGCUGUCUAAUUGUGAAAAUUACGUGUAUCCUGUUAACGAAUCAGAUUUGAGAUAAUUUAAAAUACAAUGGUUUUUUUGUAAUCGUUAAUAUGCCGCCUUUUUAACCUCGACAAAUAUGAUCGACGUAAGCAAUAGCAAAAGUACGGUAUUCUAUGGUACGGUAUUCUAUGGUACGGUAUUCUAUGGUAUGAAUAUUUGCUCAGUGGUGUUUAGAAUUCGCGAAGUUUAGUGAGAAUGAAGAUGGUGUUAGAGUGCAAUUUUGUCAGCGACUUGUCUUGAGACACAAGCUGCGCAGAAAACUAUAACCAUGUUGCACUGUUAAAUUUCCAUAGCGUCUUGCAAACUUUUUUGGGUGAGAUAAGCUGGGAGAAGCAUCGCGCAUUAUCUAACAGAACGCGUGACUCGAAAAUUACGAGAAGUAGCUGGAGGGUGAUACGCUGUAUUAUCAUAUGACCCGUAUUUCGGCCCUACGCGCGCUCUCAYUGAAACCUUUGGAAAAUGGUCACGUGAUGGGGUCCGUACGCCUUUUCGCGAUAGGUCCGUACAAAYCCGUAUUUUCCCGGCUUGAAGUUCCGCGCGCUUUUAUUUAUUUUUUUACAUUACAAAACGCUGUCAUAUGAUAAAAUGCUUAUUGACUGAGUUAGGUCGCUCCCACUCAGUCAAUAAGUACAUAUUAUUCUAGUAACAUGUGUCUCAACAACGUUGUGAGGCAAAUUGCUAAGAAAAUUGCACAGUGUAACAGGACCUUGCGGUAUCUGAACGUGGUUGAUUUCAGAUUCAAAAUAAAACAAUUUUCAAUUGCUAUUAAAUUGACAAGAAUAACAAUUGAAUUAUUGGACAAUAUGCAUUUAGAUACACGGAUGGUAUAUCAAACCUAGAUAUAAUAACAGCGAUCUUGACGGAUGGCUUUACUUUCACCGAGCACCUUCAGCUCAACCRCAGCUCGCGCACGUUGAAGCCAGUAAACGUUAUCAAACUGCAGGACCUGGUCUGAGCUUCAUAACGCUGAGGUACCUCGACCGCUAAAGCAGUUUUCUGUUAUAAUGCCUCCAAGGUUUAUUCUGCACUUCUAUCGAAAAUGAUCAAUUUGCAAAAAAUGUCACCUCCAAAAACAUCCUUCAAUUAGAAAAUAUAAUCUUUGAGGUGCAGAGUUCCGACAACUCAUAAAAUUUAACAAAGAAAUCUAUGUUGGGGGUACAAACGUUUGCAGUACCGCAUGAUUUCCAUAUGUACAUGUAGUACGGGGGUGAGUUUGCGGUGCUUAGUUUAGUUUGAGGUACUCGACGCAAGGUUUGUUCCGUAGAAUGCGCGGGGUUUGUUAAACAGCAGAUUUGCAGAUUGAAAUAAAUAAAUGUGAACCUCUA